AACGGCCAUGGACGCGGUCGCCGACCUUGGAGCCCUCCUAAGAUGAGAGGGACGGGUGGUUAUUCAUUCUAUGGACACCAUAUUCUCGCUGGCGGCGGUGCCCCGUGCGCGCGUCCUGGAGCGCGCGGCGGCGCGCGUCCCCGGCUGCCUCUACCUCUGCCUCUGGGCACCGGUGACCGCCCAGCCCUCAUCCAGCCAUUUGUUCUGCUUGGACGCGUGGAUCGGCGGCGGCGGUGGCGGUGAUCGCGCACGGGCGACGUUCGAGGUGUACCGAGGAGCGCUCUGCGCCGUCGUAAGCGGAUGCGUGCCAGGGUGGGCGUACAAGGACGGCCGCGCGUACCUCGAGCUGCCGAAGCCGGCCCUGAUGGCAUCGGCGUCGCUGCAGGUGCAGCAGCGAUUCUACCAUGAAGCCGGCACGAAGAUGGCGGUGUUCAUGGGAUGCGAGAGCGGGGAGAUCGAGGUCGGCUUGUCGACUACGUCGGUAACAGCGGCCACAGUGGCGGACCACGUGCAGCAGGCGCUCCUGGAGGAGAUCCUCGAGCUGCCGCCGGCACGUCCCUCGUCCUCGUCCUCCUCCAUGCCGUCACACUCGAUCGGGAGCCCAGAGUACUCCUCUCUAAUCCGCUCAAUGGCGACGUCGGUCGCUGCAGCGAGCGAGCCGUCGACUCAGUCAAUGAUGCUGGCGUCGCCGCUUCCCGACUUGCUCGCGCCGGUCUACGGCCGGCACGGGUUCUCGACCGCAGAACCAUACGACGCCGCCGCAAUGGCGGAGGCAAUGCUCGCGCUCAUCUCCUCCUCCGACGCGUCGACCACCUCCACGCCUCCGCCACCUCCGAGCUACUCCACGCCCUCGUGGCUGGCGCGCCACCGCUCGUCGCCAUGGCGGACGACGGCGUUCAAGGCGUACAGCGCGGCGAGAGCGCCGAGGGCGCGGCCGCGGCCAGGCGCGCCCGGGCAGAGGAUGAUCAAGACGUGCGUCUCACUCCUCGCGAGCGUGCACAUGGCGAUGCGUAGCCGCGAACUCGGGGCGGCGAGCCACGAGGACGGCAGAGCGCAGCCACCGCCGGCAUCCGCCAGCAGCCAGCUGCACCACAUGAUCUCGGAGCGGCGCCGGCGCGAGCGGCUCAACGACAGCUUCCAGAGCCUCAGGGCGCUGCUCCCUCCCGGGUGCAAGAAAGACAAGGCCAACGUUCUCGCCAGCACGACGGAGUACAUGGCCAAGCUGAUAUCCCAGGUGACCCAGCUCCAAGAGCAGAACCGGCAGCUCGAAGCGCAGCUUGGCCUGAACCCAGCCGUGAUCGACGACGGCUCCUCGGAGAAAAUAGAGGUGGAGGUGACCACCGGUGCAUCGACGUCGACAUCGUCGGCGUCCAAUCAGCCCCGAGAGGUGAGCGUGCGGGUGACAGUGCGGGCGGAGUGCGACAUUUCAGAGGUGCUGAUCUCGCUGCUCGCCCGGCUCAAGGAGACAGGGAGUUUCGCCGUUGUCUCGGUGGACGCCAGACAACAGAGCGGUGCGCUUGCACGGGCCAGCCUCACAUUGCGAGUCAUGGAGGCUGGCUACGUGGUGGACGAGACAUGGCUGAAGGAAGCUCUCACGAAGGUGGUCGAGGACGCCACAACGGCGACGGCGGCGGCGCCAGGGUCGCCGUAGGCUGGGCUCCAUGCAGGUCGAGGAACUACAGCUUUUAAGUAGCAUAUCAGUUGGCGAGAAGGAGGCAGGAAGGGGACUGUGUUUUUCUUUCUCUAGUCUAUUGUGUAUCACGACUGAAGAGAUGUCUUCUCGUUAGAAGUGUAGCCUAGUCUUCUCGAUGGUAGUUUACCUGCUUGUCUACGUAGGGCCUUUGUUGCAAUUUUGACAUCAAAUGAAUCUCUUCUGCCUAGGAAUAGUCAUUGAGAAAUUUCUUUGGGCACCAAAUGCACGCACUGGCCGAUGAAGCUCAGUUCAGAACCAGGCUGUACCCGUUCUUGCGGAAGCCCCGCGCGAAGAGGUCGCGCGUCCGCGACCGAAGCCCGUGCCCCGCCGGCAUCUUCCC